CUUCUUCAUUCUAAAGGAGAGCUAGAGAGACCUAAAUUGCUGCAAAGAUGGUGACACAAUUCGAAGCUUCUAUCAAUUGUAUUGUGGAUGUCUUCCACAAUGUCUCCUUGCAGGCUGGCCAUCCCCAUGCACUAAGCAGGAAGGGAUUAGAGACACUAAUAAAGAAGGAGGUUCCAGAGCUUCUGACGGAUCCAAAGAAUCCCAAAACUGCGGAGGACUUCAUGAAGGAGGUAGAUAGCAACAAAGAUGGAAUGAUGAACUUUGAGGAAUUCCUCUUCUGGAUAACCAGACUGGCGGUGGAUGCCCAUGAUGCUUCACACAAGGAGUAGCUGCAUUUUUGUUCAGUGGGGAUUGGGAGGGCCUACCUGGUGUUGGGUAUCUAUAAGACAAUAAAGUGACUGAUACCUCA